AUGCAACGAGAAGUCUCCUCAGGCCAACAUUCGCAGAAAGGGCACACGAAUCGUGGACUCCAUGCUGCCAUGGCCAAACAGCGGCAGCAUCAUAAGGAGGUUCACGCAGAGGAUGUGAUCCAUGCUAUGGAUGCAGAGGUGGACAAAAAGUCACAAGACUCCAUUGUCGAGCUCUUCAAACAAAAUGUCGCCUUGUCAGCGUUGGCACUGGUGAAGUUGGUCAACACAUGUGUGGCAGUUCGUGAUAGCUCCAGGUUGAUCAGCUUUAUCCGCGCUGAGCUUGAGCUCUACCCAAGAGACACCGUAGUUGACGGAGUCGGCUGGGAGACUUUUUUCCAGGACCUCUUAGGGCUGCCCAUGUUUUUUGCGACUACGAUUCUGGAAGACUUGGUUGAACUACGUCGAUGUGGGCGUUCCUGGGCUUAUCAGAUCCCGGUGCUACCUGAGGUGGCAACGACCUCCAUGGUUGAGAUGACCAUUUUGUGGGCCUCCAACCUGCCGGUGAACCCGGUGCUCUUCCGCUUGUUGCGCAUCGGCAAGCUGGCACGGGCCAUUCGAAUGGUCACCAUGACCAACAUUCUGCAAUCCCUGCAGUUGCUGGUGAAAUGUCUUGGAUCCAGCGCGCAUAUGUUGUUCUGGAGUUUCUGUUUGCUGGUCUUUGUGCAGAGCGUUGCUGGCCUUGUGAUCAGCACUGUUUGCAUGGAUUUCAUGACCAAUGAACGUUACACUCAAGCGCUUCGGGAGGAAGUGUUUCGCUUUUAUGGUACCUUCACUCGCACCUUUCUGACUAUGUUUGAAAUCAUGUUUGCGAAUUGGAGUCCGCCAUGUCGAGUUUUGGUCGAGAACAUCAGCGAGUGGUUCUCGCUGUUCUUCCUUUUAUACCGUUGCGUCCUAGGUUUUGCUGUGCUCAACAUCAUCAAUUCCGUUUUUGUGCAGCAGACGAUGAAAACGGCGAGCUCCGACGAAGAGCUUGCCUUUAAACAGAAAGAAAAGGAAAUUCAAGCCUACACCCGGAAAGUUAAAAAGCUCUUCCUGGCCAUGGAUGAGAGUGGUGAUGGCAACAUCAAUCUUCAAGAAUUUUCGAAGCUGGUAGAGUCUCCGAAACUGAAAUUUUGGAUGGAUCAACUGGAGUUGGAAUAUUUUGAUUUACUAAGCCUCUUUGAGUUCCUGGUUCCUUGCCAGCACAGCGCGGGGAGGGGUGGGUUGCACAUACGGGCAAGGUACUCAAUUUAUCCCUAG